UUGCCAACUAACUGCACACACUUUCUGGGGAGAAAUCUCUCUUGGCUUUUCUUCUUACUUUUUCAAGAAAACGAUUUCUCCUAAGAAGUCCCUUUUCCCUUCACUCUCCACCAUCACCCCCCACCCAGUUGCUUUCACCGCAUAAAUACAGACAGAAUCUGUUUGGCAUUUGAUGCAUGUAAAGUGAAGCAACUGGGUCUUCUUCUUGCGUAUAUUAUAUAUUCUUUUUUGUUCCAUCUUCUUCUCCGUCAACUUUUAUUGGUAUAAACUCAUCAAAACAAAGAAAAGAAAGUGGGAACAAAAACAAGAUUUCAUUUUCUUUCUUAGCUUUUUGUAGCAUAGUUUCGGGUUUCCAUUUGCUUUGGUUUCUUCACCAACUCGCAAGAAUCUUCUCGCAUCGUUUGGAAUUAUAAAUAAGCUAUGGCUGCAACGACACUUUACCAAACAGUUGGGGGGACUCUCCAGUCUUGUAGAAAUAAUGGUAACUCUGGAUUGUGUCCUGAUUAUGGACGUGUUUCCUUGAGAUUGAUGUCUAAGGGUUUCAAGGUUGAUGUUGGGUUGUUGAGAGGAGGAAGUUUUUGUUCUAGAAAGAGAAGUACUUGUGUAAUUCAAGCCUCUGGUUCUCAGGCUAUGGUUUUCGAUGAAGCUUCAGCAUCGUCAAGUGCCACCACCAGUGACUCCAAGAAUAAAACAAGUGAAGCUGCUUUGAUCCUGAUCAGACAUGGUGAGUCUAUGUGGAAUGAAAAAAACUUGUUUACUGGUUGCGUGGAUGUGCCCUUAACUACAAAGGGUGUGGAAGAGGCUGUUGACGCCGGGAAGCGAAUUAGCAAUAUACCAAUCGACAUGAUCUAUACUUCUUCUUUGAUUCGUGCUCAAAUGACUGCCAUGCUUGCCCUGACCCAGCACCGCUGCAAGAAGGUGCCAACUAUCAUUCAUGAAGAGAGCGAGCAAGCAGGAGCUUGGAGUCAGAUCUUUAGUGAAGAGACCAUAAAGCAAUGUAUACCAGUUGUAACAGCUUGGCAACUAAAUGAGAGAAUGUAUGGGGAAUUACAAGGUCUUAAUAAGCAGGAAACAGCUGAUAAAUAUGGACAGGAACAGGUUCAUGAGUGGCGUCGUAGCUAUGAUAUUCCUCCUCCAAAUGGAGAGAGCUUGGAAAUGUGUGCAGAGAGAGCUGUUGCCUACUUCAAAGAACACAUUGAACCCCAACUGGCAGGUGGAAAAAAUCUAAUGAUUGCCGCCCAUGGGAACUCAUUAAGGUCUAUCAUUAUGUAUCUUGACAAGCUAACAUCCCAAGAGGUUAUAAGUUUGGAACUUGCCACUGGAAUCCCCAUGCUUUACAUUUUCAAAGAUGGAAGGUUUAUUCGCAGAGGAAGUCCUCCAGCACCAUCCGAGGCAGGGGUCUAUGCUUAUACCAGUACAUUGGCUCAGUACAGACAAAAUCUAGAUGAUAUGUUUGGGAAACCUGACGAGGAUCUUGCUGUCAGCUGAAGUAGAUUUGAUGUGCCUCUUGGAGAUAUUAGUUUCUCUUGGAAAUGAAAUUGAUUUGUUUUUUUUCAUUUUACAUUCAAUGUAGUCAGAAAUGUUGUUCUAGAAGUGUUUGAUGCUGUGAAUUUUAAUGUAGAAUAUGUUGGUUUGAUUAAAUAUGAGUAGACAGAAACAGGGCAAUGAGCUACUAUUGUUUUUGUUCAUCUAUACAGCCCUUAAACAAGAAAAUGUAGAAUAUACAUGGGGGUUUCUUUUCUCAGCUA